GAACUCUGAAGUUGUAGCUCUAGGACAAGGGUCAGCAACCGUUUUCAGCUGUGGGCUGGUCCACCGUCCCUCAGACUAUGCAGUGGGCCGGACUAUAUUUUUUGGGGGAGGGAAAUGAACAAAUUCCUAUGCCCCACAAAUAACCCAGAGAUGCAUUUUAAAUAAAAGUACACAUUCUACUCAUGUAAAAACACCAGGCAGAUCCCACAAAUAAUUCAGAGAUGCAUUUUCUAGAGAUGUAUUUCUACUCAUGUAAAAACAUGCUGAUUUCCAGACCGUCCGCAGGCCGGAUUGAGAAGGCAAUUGGGCCACAUCCAGCCCACGGGCCUUAGGUUGCCUACCCCUGCUCUAGGAAGAGGAAUAAGGGUCUCAGAACAACUCGCAGAGCCCAUAACAAACUACACUUCCCAGGAUUCUUUGGUGGCAAGAGGGGGAGCCAUGAUCAUGAAAGUAGCACGAUACUGCUUUAUAGGUAUAGGGCAAUGGGAUCAAAAUCAGGAUGAACACCCAUUGCCCUAUAACAAUGAGCCAGUGCGUAAAAUGGUUAGUGUUGGACUAGGACCCAGGAGACCAGGAUUCAAACCCCCACUUGGACAGCCUUGGGCCAGUCACUGCCUCUCAGUCUGACCUCCCUCACAGGGUUGUGGUGGGGAUUAAAUGCGGCUGGAGGCGGGGGGGGGGGACCCUGCACACUAGUUUGAGCUUCUUGGAGAAAAAGGUGGGAGAUCAAUAACGUAAUGUAACGUAACGUAACGCAUCAACAUCCUUGCAAACAAAUCAGAAUAGAUGCUCAGUAAAGAGUGGGCAUCAUAUGAGAGCCAGUGUGGUGUAGUGGUUAGAGUGUCAGACUAGGACAUGGGAGGCCAGGGUUUGAACCACCAUUCAGCCAUUAAGUUCACUGGAUGACAGUCGCCGCCUCUCAGCCUAACUUACCGCACAGGGUUGUUGCGGGGAUUAAUUGAGGAAGGGAACAACCACAUAUUGCCUUUAAUCCUGACAUUGCACAGCCCAGCGUCCUUCCCUCUGACAGUGGCCGUUUCCCCAAGAUGCCCUACAUGAUAUACUUGUUUUGCUUGUGCAUGCCUCGGACACCCUCAGGCCAAAACCCUCUUGACGAACCACAACAUUUGCAAAGGGCAAAAGUUCGGCAUUGUCGAGCUGAGAUUUGAUCCUGGAGGAGGAGCAGCGGCAGCAGCUCUGGGCCGGUUCCAGCCUUGGUGUGGGACUUCCCAGUUUUUUGUAGGGAUAUGGAAAUAAAUUGAGGGUGAGGGAAGUCAAAGGGGGGUGGGGAGAGAGAAGAAAGCCUUGAAGCACACCAACAUGUGCACACCACACAGCCCCUGUUUUACUGUGGGGGGGGGGGGGAGAAAACCCUUCCUUAAUGUUGUGGGUUUUUCAUGUGCAUGCAAUGCUUGGCCUGACUCCAAGCUGAAGCCUGGCCCCGCCACCAAUGGAGGCUGCUCCCAGCCAAGGGGGCUGGAGGAAAAGAGAAAGGGGGUGGGAGGUGGGGAGAGGGAGAGAGAGAGAAGGAAGGAGGGACAGAGGCUAAAGGAGACAGCAGCUUUUUCUUUCCCGCCUCUCUCCCUCUUUUAACACACACAUACUGUAUACAGAAAUCUCUUUUCCAUGGCCUCCGUCAGGGUGUUGCCAUAGAAACCGUAGUGACAAAGGCAAGGAAGUCUCCUGGGCCUGUGUGUGGAAGGACUGGAGGGAGAGAGAAGGAGGAGUCUGAGCCACAAGUUUGAGCGGAUCUCCAAACUGCUGGAAAAGUUGCUUGCGAAGCGAGGUGGUGUUGGGAGAGAUGCUGGGAAGCCCAGCGCAGCAGAAUCCAUGGCAGUAGGAAGGCUGGGAUUGCUAUGGCGGUGGAGGCAGCUGCGGCAGCUGCACAAAGGCUAGGCCUGUCAGGUAGGGCCCUUCUCCGCAACUCUGGUCAGCCCCCUUUGCAAAUUCUCCUGCAUGCUUUCUCUUUUGUUCGGGCUCAAGACAAUGUUGGCUGCUUGCCCUCUUUUCCUGGAGCCACUGAGGCCCAGCUGUGCCCUCUUGUGCUUCCUGGCUGUGGAGGGAAGGGACUCAGCUGGGUGCCCUGGCCACAGCAGGCAGGAGUGGGCAACGCAGAGGCCAGGAGGGGCGCAAGGAUGCUUCGCCUUUCCCCUGGGAGGAGGGAAAGGGGUGUCAGCCUCCUCGCUUUGUGUGUGGGGAAGAUGGAUCAGGCUCUUUUAUUUUCGGAAGGGCAAGAACUGGUGUGCUUCGAGUGUGCAGGAGAUGCGCAGCGUUCUCUCGGUCAAACAAGAGCAGGAAAUGCAUGACGUUCUCUUCUCACGUGAGGAGAGCCGAUGUGCAAUGUGUUACUUAGUGAAAGUGUACCAUGUUUUCUUGCAACGAAAGCAGGCCUUGGCCUUAGAACAUAAGACACGCAGAAGCAUUGGUGACGUUUGGGGAAUCAAUAUGCAGCAUGUGCAUGCCAUGAUGAUAGUGAUGAGCAUGAUCCACUUUCUUGCUUUUUGAAACGGUCUGGAUGACACAUGGGUGGCUAUGCUGUCAUAAAUCCAUCUUUUCUGCUUGCCCAAUUAAUUUCUAAUCCACAUUUAUGUCCCUCCUCCCACAUGCCUACAUUGGUGGGGAAUCUGAGGGCUGGGGCCCUCUUGUGGCCCUCCAGGUCUUUCUAUCUGGCCCUAGGAACUAUCUCCAGGCCAAGUGUUCUUGACUAGCUGGAAUAUGUGCUUGAGCUCUGAUAAUGCUUCUUGCUUGCCUGGAUUGAGGUUUUGGAGAGGCGUGUCUACUGUACAAAGGGAUUUUUUUUUUUGCAUUAAUUGCCCCUGCUUUUUGCCUCUGGCCCUACCCACCAGUGGCAUGAAACCCCUGAAAAGUUGUGCAGAAGGGAACGCCAUGCCCCAUUUGUCUUGAAGAAGUUUCUUCACCCCUGGCUUACAAGUUGAAAAGCUACCUCUGCUCCAUUUCUUAACUGGCAAACAUGGAGCUUCUGCCAUGAUAGAGUCCCUUUAACCUAGCUGAAAAUACUUGCCUCCACUUUGACCUCCCUUAAUCCCGGAAAUGGCCUGUCUGGUGUAUCGCAUCUGUGCUUGACUUCCCACAUGGUGGUGCCACUACUUGGAGCUGCCCAACUCGUGUUGUACAUUACAUGUAUUGCUCCAACCACUUUUGUUUCUGGCCCUGCCCACCACUGGCUUACAGCCCUGGGUGGUCAUCCAGAAGGCAUUGUGGCCCUCUGGUUGAAAAAGCCAGCACUCUCUUGGCAGCUGAAAUGUGUGGGCCCAAGUCAGCCGAUUCCAAACUGGGGAGAAAUGUAGAGAUGUGGGCAAAGGGGUGGAAUGAGGCAGAACAAAUAACAAGCAUCCUUUCGUCUGUGGAGGGCGCACCAGGCUGUGGGAAGUGGGCAGGAGCUUGUGUGGAUCUAGUCACUCCACAAAGGUUUUGAGAGAGGAGCAGGAGGUGGGCAGAUGCUGAGGGGCCCACUUCCUCCUCGAAACAGCUCCCUGCAGAGGACUUGGAGGAAGGGUGUGUUGUGUGCUAUCAAGAGUGGUGCGCAUGUAGCAAUGUUUUGAGUGUGCAGGAGCAUGAGCACCAGGAGCCUUGCAUGUGCAACUGUGCAAGGGCACACAAGAGGCAGUGCACACGUAUGCAACAGAAUGAGAGAUGAGACAAGAAUAAUUGAGUGGCUUCUCUCCAGCAUGGAAUGGGUGCCUUUGCCCCCACCCCUCCCGCCAACGCAAGGUUCAAGCAGCUGUUCUGUCUCCUCUUCUCCUAGCCCGCCUCUUUCUUUCUGUGAUGGGCUCCCAAUGUUUCUGUUCAUCCAAUGGCUGUGGUGGAUUUUUUUUUUUAAUGUACAUUUUGCCAGCUGUUAGCAAUUAGCAACUAGAUCCACCCCGGGCCCCCGGCGAGGAGAUCUUAACACUUUCAUGAGCUCUCCGUCUGGACAAUUUGGACUGCUUCUGGUUUCACCUUUCUAUCUGUGCUUGGGCAUAAAUGAGGAGGUUUGGGACAAAUGUGUAUUACCGAUGGGAGGGAUGCAAAGGAAUCCCAUUACACAAAAGGGUGGAAAGGAGUUAGGGCUGCUAAACCCAGCCCCCACCCCCUAGCACAACUUUUGCAAUCAGCACAGACCGGGGUAGGAAUCUUCUGGAGCCUUGUUGUCUAAGGGGAUCAAUGGCCUGCCUCAAUAUGAGGCAGCUUCCUGUAUUCCUCCGAAAGAGAGAGUCUGUACAUGUUUAUGAGGACUUAAGAACAGCCUUGUUCAAAGAUUUAAAUCUUUCAGAGAAGUAUUUGUGGAAAUCAUGUUAACUUCUUCAGUGCAGCAGAUUUUUAUUUGGCGGAAUGCACAGUUUUAAUAAUUAUAUUGCCUGUCAUGUAUUUUGUUUUGUUUUAUGUAUCUUGGCUUCAGCUACAUAAGUAAAUAAGUAAACCCUACCCUGGAGGGCUGCUACAAGUCAGUGUAGACAAUAUAGAGCUAAACGGAUGAAUGGUCUGACAUGGUACAGUAUAAGGUAGCUCCCUAUGUUCUUAUAACCUGGAAAUAUUUUUAAAUAAAAAUUCACCCUGGAGGUAUUCUAUGAAUGUGUGCUUCCUGACACCUAUUUUAUUGAUCAACCGGAUCUAUUUCUGGACAGAUUAGAUUAAGCUGGCUAUUUAAUAAGCAUUUAUUCUGCUUUGCUUGAAGGAAGGUUAGCUGAUGGCAUGUGAAAGCAAAGUGUCUCCCUUCCAUUCCAGUACAUUUCCUUAUCUCAAAAAGUCAAGUUUUUUUUUGCGGGGGGGGGGGGAGUGACCUCCCAAUCAAUUAUAAUUGGAUAAGCUGAAUUUCCCAGUAUGUGACUGAAUCCUACCCCAAAAUAGCAAGUCCGAACAUGCCCAAUGAAACACUCAAGGGUCAGCACCUAUGAUAGCUUGCUAGGCCACCCCUAUGAUGUUUUCUUGCCUUUGCAGCCCUGGAUAAUUUGCAUACAGUUUACAUGCAUGAUUAUCCCUAUCAUAUAAGAUAGUAAACUUGCAUGCCCUGGGUCCAUAAAUCUCUAUUUACUUAAAGAGUUGGCCAGGGGUGAAUGCAGAUCUUGAACCAAAACAAAAAACAAAAAACAAAAAACGGUUAGACACCGCUUUUAUAUCACCAUAGGUACACAUCGCCUGAAAAUCUAGCUGCAAGCCAAUCAUGUCUUUCUUCCUUUUCUCAGAGAUCUGAAUGGCAGUGACUGGCGGCCAGGGAGGACCGCCCGACUGACCCCGCGGGCUGUGGGCAUCGUCUCCCACAUCUCCAAGGAUGCUCUGCUUGCCACUCCUCCUGCUUGCCAGCCUCUCUUGUUGCUCCAGCUCUGAAGUCAACCCUGGUAGGAAGCCCUUGGUGUGUUGUUAAAUUGUUGGGUGAGCCAUCCCAAUCUCUGUACCCCAACAGCCAGGGACUUCUGGGUUCCUGCAUGAGACUCUCAGGGAAAAACAGUCUGUCAAUUUCAGUAUCCAUUAUAAUUUUCAGCUCUCCACAUCAGUCUGUGGUUGCUGUUUUUUAAAAGCCCUCAGUAAAAUUCAUUAGCAUCUUAGUGCAAAUUCUUCCAUUUUUAAAAUUGCAAUUUGGCCUAGAAAACAUAUGCAAAGAAGUUUCCCUCAAUUUUGUGCUAUUUUCAGGAUCGAAUGCAUUUCUAUGCACACUGACACGCUGGUGUCUGAUUUUUUUGCACACAUUAUUUGACUUGAGAACUGCACUGCAAAAUUCAGAAGAGUGCAAAUUUUGAAGGAUGGCUGUGUUUUAGUUGCCAUCUUCUUUUGGAAAAUACAGAUUACAGUAUGUUGCUAUGCCUCUCGGUGCAAACUUAAUUUCUUCCCCCAUCCUACCCUCAGUGCUAGCUGCUGUGUUUUAUAACAAAAUGUGAGGCCUUAGCACAGCUUGGAGGAGACAUAAAUUGGGGUGAUACUGCGGCAUUUGGGACUUUAAUUUAGAGGUGGGAAAUGAAUAAGAGGUGACCUGAUAGAAGUUUAUAAAAUGAUGCAUGGCAUGGAGAAAGUGGAUAGAGGAAAGUUUUUCUCCCUCUCUCAAAACACUGCAAUGUGUGGACAUUCAGCGAAGCUGAAUGCUGGAAGAUUCAGGAUAGAUAAAAGAAAUAAAUUCAUACAGACCAUAGUUAACUUCAUGGGGCUCACUCCCACAGGAGGCUGUGAUGGCCCCCAAUUUUGAUGGCUUUCAAAUAGGAUUGGACAAAUUCAGGUGAAACUUGAAAAAUUAGAAUAUUGUGGAAAAGUUCCUUUCUUUCACUAAUUCAACUUCAAAGGUGAAACUAAUAUAUGAGAUAGACUUGUGACAUGCAAAGCGAGAUAUGUCAAGCCUUGAUUUGUUAUCAUUGCGAUGAUCACGGCGUACAGCUGAUGAAAACCCCAAAUUAACCAUCUCAGAAAAUUAGAAUAUUCAAGGAAAUCAGCAAAACAAGGAUUGCAAAUCGAGCAAGAUUGGACCUCUGAGAAGUAGAAGCAGAUCUCGCUUUGCAUGUCAUGAGUCGAUCUCAUAUAUUAGUUUUACCUUUGAAGUUGAAUUACUGAAAUAAAGGAACUUUUCUACGAUAUUCUAAUUUUUCGAGUUUCACCUGUAGCUAUCAAUGAAUACCAGUGACUAGAAACCACAAGAAGGGAGAGCGCUUUUGUGCUCAGGUCCUUCUUGCAGGCUUCCCACUGGGGAAUCUGGUUGGCCACUGUGAGUGCUGGGUGCUGGACUAGAUGGGCUGUUCUGUUCUGUUCACCUGAUCCAGCAGACUCUCCUUACCUUCUUAGGCAGCAGCUGGGAUCAGAAGUGCCGGACUCAUGCCAGGUCAUGGGGCAAUUGGCGGUUCAGGCACUGGAACAGGCAGGCUGCAGCUCCCAUCAUCCCUGACCAUCGGCUAUGCUAGCUAGGGCUAAUGGGAGCUUGAGUCCAAACCUUUGUAGGAUACAAGGCUGGGGAAGACUGGCCUAAGUAAGAGGUGACAAAGUGUAGACAAGCUUGUUUUGGUUUCUGCCAAGGGGACAGAGAGGAAGGGCUGUAUUUUUGCAAUGUUGUAAAAGAGUGGUAGCCAGCACGAUUCUCUCCAGGUGACGUUGGGACUCCAGCAGCCAGCAAGGGCGAGGGCCAAGCCUGUUGGGAGUUGUAGUCCACAGCCUCUGAAAGGCACUGUGUUUGGCUAUGUUUCUUGUAAAAGGUGACCUGACCCGACCUGACCUGCCUUGACAGUGGACAGAAUAUAGGUAACAAAAGGAGAAGAGGAGUUAAGAUAAAGGCAAGGCUAAUAUGCCUGUUCUAUGCGUUUAACUUUGAAAUUUGCAACUACAUACAGUGGUACCUCGGGAUGCGAACGGGAUCCAUUCCGGAGCCCCAUUCACAUUCUGAAUGGAACGUAAGACGCAACGGCGCGUCUGCAUGUGUGCCGUUCGCGUUUUGCCACUUCCACGCAUGCGCAUGACAUCAUUUUGAGCAUCUGCGCAUGCGCGAGCGGUGAAACCCAGAAGUAACACGCUCCGUUACUUCUGGGUUGCUGCGGAGUGCAACCCGAACACGCUCAACCUGAAGCACAUUCAACCCGAGGUAUGACUGUAUGUAAGUUUUUAAAAUUGCAUCAAUAUAUUGCAUUAAUUAAUUGUUUUUAACUGCAUUUAUAUUCAGAAUACAGUGGUACCUCGGGUUACAGAUGCUUCAGGUUACAGACUCUGCUAACCCAGAAAUAGUACCUUGGGUUAAGAACUUUACCUCAGGAUGAGAACAGAAAUCGUGCGCCGGCAGUGGGAGGCUCCAUUAGCUAAAGUGGUACCUCAGGUUAAGAACAGUUUCAGGUUAAGAACUGGACCUCCGGAAUGAAUUAAGUGCUUAACCAGAGGUACCACUGUAGUUUUUAAUUGCAUUUAUAUAUAUAUAUUACUUUUAAUGUUUGCACAUAUAUAAUUAUUUUUCCAUAUGGGAUUAUUUCAAAUUGUUUUUAGUGGUGUUUUUAUGGUGACAUUGCCUCGGGAUAUUUUAUGGGAAGCAGUUCAUAAAUGGAAUCAAAUAAAUAAAGUAAACGCAGGAGAAUGAACAAGGAGGGCAGGGUUUGGCAGGAAAGAUGAGAGGGUUGGUUGACAACAAGGGUGGGGAAACAUUUUUGGCUCCAUGGGGCAGAUGCUUAUCAGGAUCUAGCUUCACAGGCCAGAUUUGACUGUGGGGUAAAGCUCUGAACCCUGUUUUCUUGCAUCCUUCUUAAAAUGUGGUGCCAGAAAUGGACAGGCUUGGCAAUGCAGGACAGGAGAGUGAGAGGAAGUUCUGGGGUGGCAGUGUAGGGCUGGGUGGGAGUUACCAGCCUAUUAGUGGCGCUGGAAGCCAUAAGGAUAUAUUGAUGUUACCCAGGGACUAUCUACAGGUGAAGAAUAUCAGGCCACGUAUUGAGUUUUCACUGGCUCCUCAGCUCCGUCAGAAUCUGGCAUGGUUUGGCAGCCCCAGACGGAAGAAGACAAAGGAGGAGCAGCAGAUGGAGGGCUGGAAGGCUGGUCCCCAGGGAUUGAGGCAGGAGGGAGGACCUUGCCUUGUGCCUCUAGAUGUCAAAGAGGGAGAAGCAGAACUGGUGGCUCUCUUCUCCGCCUGUCUGAGAGCCAGUGUGGUGUAGUGGUUAAGAGUGGUGGACUCAUAAUCUGGUGAUCCGGGUUCGCGUCUCUGCUCCUCCACAUGCAGCUGCUGGGUGACCUUGGGCUAGACACGCUUCUCUGAAGUCUCUCAGCCCACUCGCCUCAAAAAGCGUUUGUUGUGGGGGAGGAAGGGAAAGGAGAUUGUUAGCCGCUUUGAGGCUCCUUCCGGUAGUGAUAAAGUGGGAUAUCAAAUCCAAACUCUUCUUCAUUUGAGAGGAGGAUCUGUUCCUUGCUCUCAAGAAAAAGCUGCUAUGGUCGUGAUUUGGGAUGGGAGCCUGACAAAUGUGGCCUUCAUAGGAUUGGCACCCUUUCCAUCUUGUUUGGUGGAGGGAGUUCUGGUGACUGGCUUUCAAAUGCUUGGUUUGAAGGAAUUAUAAGAGUUAUAAUUAUAAGAGUUAGAAGGGAACUCAGAGGCCAUGUAGCCUGACCCCUGAUCAAGGCAGGAAUCAUGCAGCCACAAGGGGAGCGGGGAACCUCAGGUUUGGGCCCCAAAAGUGGCCCUUUUUGGGGCUCUUCCCAAGCUCCUGCCCCCAUUCCUCGAAGGCCCUGCUCUGCUCUCUGCUCAAAGAGCUUUUGCCUGCUUUUGAACUGCAGUUAUGCCUCUUGCUUGCAUGGAUAGCAAUCUGUGAGAUGCGUGCAGGGUUGGCUGCAUGUAGAAACCUCUGGCUUUUACUGUAAAGAGUUAGGAGCCACACCUGUUGCUCCAUCCACUGGCACAUAGCCCUCAGGUGUCACAUGAGGGAAUGUGACCCUUGGUCUAAAAAAGAUUCCCCACCCCGAACUGCAGCCCCUCUGACAAGGCAAUUUAGCAGGGCAAUUUGUGUGCUCUCGUAACUUCACAGUACCCAAGGAGGCAUUUAUUGGCGACUCUGCAACUUCAGAAGGUGUUAUGUGGAGAAUGAGCCCAGGGCAGUGGCAAGCGGUCAGUUAAAGCAGUGCUACUCCCAGUGUUGUUAACAUGAGCCCAUCCCCCCCCACAAUGAAUCAAUCCUGAGCAGUGAUAAAAUGAAAGUGGAUCCUGUAGAGUGAUAACCGGGCAUAUUUCUGCUUUCUUAAAAGUUCUCUGCCUUUAUGCUAAUGUGACCAUUUUGCCUCCCGUCCCCUCCCUCCCUGAGAGCCAGUGUGGUGUAGUGGUUAAGAGUGGUAGACUCGUAAUCUGGUGAACUGGGUUCGCUUCCCCAUUCCUCCACAUGCAGCUGCUGGGUGACCCUGGGCUAGUCACACUUCUCUGAAGUCUCUCAGCCUCACUCACCUCACAGAGUGUUUGUUGUGGGGGAGGAAGGGAAAGGAGAAUGUUAUCUGCUUUGAGACUCCCUAGGGUAGUGAUAAAGCGGGAUAUCAAAUCCAAACUCUUCUUCUUCCCUCAGCGAUAUGCCGAUACCCUCUGGGGAUGCACGAAGGGACCAUCCGAGAUGAGGACAUCACUGCUUCCAGCCAGUGGUAUGACUCCACGGGGCCUCAGUAUGCACGGUGAGCAGGGUGACCUGUGGGGCUUAGCUUCAGGGCAAGCUAUAAAACAAAGCAGAACUAAAAGAAAAAAUCCAGUACAGUCUGGGAAAUACCUCUUGUUGUUGAAAGAGGGAGCUAUUUGGCAGCUGCCAGAAAGACAACAGAGAUUAUACCUGUCAUAAUAUUUAACAGGAGGGAAUUCCAAAAGGUUGGUGUUAUACCAAAGGUUCCUAUAUUGCGCAUAACAAUCUCCUGGAAAGGUGGUAUCCAUAGGCAUCUCUCUCCUGCAGAGCACAGUGAUCAAUCACGUAUAUAAUGGAUGAACCAAUCUUUCAGAUAUUCUGGUCCCAAGCUGUAUGGGGCUUUAUACACCAGAACCAACAUCUUGAACAUAACUUGGUAGCUAAUUGACAGCCAGUGCAUUCCCCUCCCCCCAGCAGCACUAGAGCAUGGUGGUGAUAUCCUGCCCCAGUGAGCACUCAAGCCACGGCAUGUUGCACUGGCUGCAGCUUCCAGACCAAUCUCAACAGCAGCCACACAUAGAACACAUGAAUUUUGUGCUCAGGCUGGCCUUGCAUGUUCUUCCCACUUUCAUACCUGAUCUUUGAGCUGUGACAUUAUUUUUCUCUCUCUAUCUCUCAGGUUGCUGAGAGAAGAGGGUGAUGGGGCAUGGUGUCCAGCGGGUCUCCUGCAACCUGAAGAUGUGCAGUUUCUCCAGAUAGACCUGCAUAAACUCUUCUUCAUCACACUGGUGGGGACGCAAGGUCGGCAUGCCCGGGCAACUGGGAAAGAGUUUGCCCGUGCCUACCGGAUCGACUAUAGCCGCAACGGGGAGCGAUGGCUCUCUUGGAAAGAUCGUCAGAACAAGCAGGUGGGUGAGAUGUGGUCAGGACAUCUCUGAAGAAAGUGACGAGCCCUUGAAAAUCUGCAAAAGUUACUAAACCUCAUUAAAAAUAAUUAUUAGGUCACCUAUCCAGGUGACCUCCAAACUCUCUCCAAAAUUCUUUAACUUCAGCCCUUGAACUCCUUGUUGCGCUCAGUUCAGACCAUUCUCUGGAUCUGUUUCUGGUUGAAAAUUUAUCAGCAGGUGCCAAGGUAUUUACUUUGAAGCACAGGAAACUGCUUUAUACUGAGAGCACUGGCCUAUUUUGUGUGUGUGCGCGCGCGCAAUGUCUCUUGUAUUUUUCCCCCCAUGUAACAUUUUUACAGAUCAGUUUCAUUUAUUGAGACAUCAGGAAGAAAAGGGGGAAAGAGGUGGAGGGAAGAUGGGGGGGUCGGGUGGCGAUGUUUCUAUUUUACUUACUAUAUGUAGGGUUUGGUGUCAGUGUUGCUAGUGCAGGUUCUUUGCUGUUCACUUGUCUUCCUUUGGUGGUGAGAGAGGUUGGGGUUGGCCUAGGGUGUGGUUACUCAUUUGUGGUUGGCUGUGGUGGUCUUUGUUUUCAUGUGUGAGUGGGGUGGGUGAUAACCCUUGUUUUGAUGCAACCAUCAUCUAACCUCCCCGCAUACAAAUCAGGUGGAAUGUUCGUUAAAUAGCCAACGUCAUCUAAUCCCCUUGCAAACCAAUUGGGGAAUGCUUGAUAAACAGGCUGUGUGGUAACAAAGUAGGGCUGGUGAGGGGUGUGGCAUGGUUGGAGUCCUUAGGGCCAGAUAGAGGGGCCCAGAGGGCCACAUUUAACCCCUUGGCCUGUGAUUCUUCAUCAGUGCUCUAGUGUUUGCUGCUUAUCAGAUGCUGAUUGCACAAUAGCCUUAUCAUGACCUCUUUCCAAUCCAGGUGAUUCAAGGCAACACUGACACGUAUGACGUUGUCCUGAAAGACCUUCGCCCGCCUGUAAUUGCCCGCUACAUCCGAGUGAUCCCAGUGACUGAGCAGCCCAUGACUGUCUGCAUGCGGGUGGAACUCUAUGGUUGUGUUUGGUCUGGUAAGGACUUGAACUUCAGCAAGUCCCCGAUAAGGCUGCAGGGAAUUCUGGUCAUGGGACCCUGGUGUUUGUAACUCUCUGUAUCAGCUGUCCUCCUCCCAAUGUCCUCCAGAUAUUUUGGACUAUUAACUCCUAUUAGCCCUGGCCAGAAUAGCCCCAACAGUCAGGGAUGAUGGGGGUGAUUGUCCAAAACAUCUGGAGGGCACCAUCUUGAAGAAGGCAGCUCCAUAUGGUACGUUGAGGUGGAGAUGCUUGCUGGGUUCUUAUCUGCUUUUCUUCAGCAGCACCACUGGUCAGAGUCCCAGCUCGAACUAUAUAGCUGCUGACUCUGGUCUAGAUCCACAACACUGAGCAAAUCAUUGCUCAGGUAUCGAUUGAGCUGCCACCAGAAGGCUCAUUCUUGCUGCCUGGCUUGAAAGCCUGCUUGUUUUCUGCCUUGGCCACCUGUGGCCAAGAAGAGAUGGGAAGAAGACCCUUGCUCCUCUUGCUCAGGUAGGAUGUACAGGCAGAGGGCUCAAAAGCCUCCAACUGACCCCUAGUUGUCUCCUUUCCUAGAUGGUUUGGAAUCCUAUAGCAUGCCUGAGGGGGAGAUGAUUGCAGCUCCUGGCCACCCCAUCGUUUACCUGAACGACUCAACCUAUGAUGGUUAUCAGGAGCGCAGGUAAGAAACGCCCUGCAUGGGUGGGUGAAACAUCCCUUUCUCCCUCAGUACUCUAAAACAGGGAUGGGGAACCUUGUUCAGCCUGAAGGCCACCUUCCAAACUGGGCGGUGGAAGGAGAUCAGUGCCUGGGAUUUUUGGGGUGCUCAGAACAGGCAUUAAAUAGCUGGACAGCGGGUGGACUGCACUCAAACUAUGACAACAUAAAUUGUGUGACCCAACGAAGCUGCAUUUCGCAAUCUGCAUAACAGAUCAAGAAAAUGUGCAUAUAUGUUUUGCAUAACUUAUUUGACCUCUAUUAGUCACAGGGGAGAGCAAAUGAGUCAGGCUGCAGCCACACUGUCCAGCCACUGGAAAUCUUAGGGCUAAACUGGGUGUGCUGUUAAUGGUGGGAAUGCAGUUAAAAAGUACAUUUUGUUGUCCUGUAAAUGGCACCCAAGGGAAAUCUUAAGCAGCCCCAGGACUAAUGGGAGUGAGCGGGGAGGUGGUGGUGGUGGGGGAGAGGUUAGCUCUUUCUCUCACUGCCUCAGGCAGUCUCAACAGAAAUCUCUUCUCUCUGAAUCUGCUUUUCAUUUCAAGAGACAUUCCGCUUGGUUUGCACCAACAGAGCUUCUGAUAGGGGAUCUUUUGGUCAGGGGCAUGACAGGGAGAGAAAGGGCACCUCCAGAGUGGUGUUUUUCAUUCUUAAAUGUGGGUGUAUUCUGCAGUGUGCCAUUGAUAGUUUAAUAGAGUAUUUGUGCUGGAUUUAUACGGGACUGUCCACAUAUCAUUCUGCUGUUUGAGUUGUUCCAUGAUGCUUCCCCAGCAUUGCUGCAUUAUUGCCAUCCGGUGGGGCACUCUUGUGCUAUGACACAACAAAAGCGGGACCCCACCCUGAACUUUUGUGGUAUGCAAAGUGGCAGGAUUUCAGCAGGAAGUAGCAGGACAUGCAGCAGUUGGAAAUGAAGAAACAUUCACAGGCCCAUCGAGAGCAUCAGUCAUCAUGAAUGUACACUAAAUAAGGAGUUCUUGGCAGGCCCAAUGAGUUAAAUGCCUCUUUUCCCACCAGCUUCUAUUUGCAUAGCAAAAAAGAUAACGCACAUUCAUUGUCUGUGCAUGCAAUUUGACAACCCAUUUAGUUUUGCCCUUAUGUAGCCGCUUCCCUCUAAGCAGUGCUUUUCCCCCUAGAAAAAUAGGUACCGGUACUCACCAUGAAGUUGUUACAGUAAGUGCUACACUUUUUAACAAAAGAGGUGCUGGUACUGCAUACCUUUGAGUACCCCCUGGGAAAAAGCACUGCCUCUUAAGUGUAUUUUGUCCGCCUUCUUAACCCUUUCAUCUCCCCUCCCUUUAACGAAAGCUGAUCAUUCGGUGGAAAGGCCUGGCAUGUCCUUGAAGACGGCACCUCUCAGUCUAGGGAUGCUCCUUGCUGGCAUGUAACCGCAAAUGCUCUCUUGCCAGGCUCCUGCAUGGUGGGUUGGGCCAGCUGACAGAUGGCGUUCUAGGCUUGGACGAUUUCACCAAGAGCCACCAGUACCGCGUGUGGCCAGGCUACGACUACGUUGGCUGGAAGAACGACAGCUUCAGCAGCGGUGCCGUUGAGAUGGAGUUCCAGUUCGAUCGGCAAAGGAACUUCACAUCCAUGAAGGUAUGUCUGGAGAUCACUGAGAUUACUGGUCAGUGGAUACAUCCAUCUUUGACGUUGGUGUUGUUAAAUAUGUUUCCAGACAGAAGUUUAGAUCUCAACCAUAAAGUGCUGCUGAGUCGUUUGCUGUUGGCUGCCAGAGCUCAGAACUGAUGGACACUCCAGAAAGUUCGUAUCAGCGGUACCGAAAGGCUUGGCAAUGUGCUAUUUUAGAGAAAUUAACACAAAAACUAAAGGCAACCAGGGGACAAAAGAUAAAGAACUCAUUUGAGAAAACAUAGAAAUAAGAAAAAUGCCUGCUCUCUGCCUCCAAUGUACCCUAACACUAGUGGACCUUUUGAUUAUAUUUUCACCUCAGAACCCUGUAGCCCAUAUACUGUAUAUAUAUGAAAAAAGAAAGAAUUAAGAUAAAUAAUAAAUAAAUAAGGUUACCCGUAUGUAUAGUUAUUGAACUGUCUUAAGCCUGUUCUGUUCUGUUCUGUUCUGUUCUGUUAUGUUGUUAUGUUAUGUUAUGUCUUAUGUUAUGUUAUGUCUUAAGCCUGUUAUAACUCACUUUGCGUCAGAAAAAUUAAUAACUAUGUUUUAAAAAACAAACCUCCAUGAAGGUAGGGCCCUUGGCAGCCAUGUUGCUUGCAUCCUGUAUUGGUAGCCAUUUUAUAACCCUCCCGGUCCACUGAGGGAGAAAAGAGUGCUUGAACGUGGCCACUGCUGUUUCCAACUCUAGGUCCAUUGCAACAACAUGUUUUCCAAGGGAGUGAAGAUCUUUGAGAGGGUGGAGUGCUUCUUCAAGCCACGGCUGAUCGCUGAGUGGGAGCCAGACCCCGUGGGCGUGGACACCGUCUUGGACGACAAGAACCCCAGCGCACGAUUUGUGACCGUCCCCCUCAGUCAGCGUGUGGGGAAAGCCAUACUUUGCCACUUCUACUUUGCUGACACUUGGAUGAUGAUCAGUGAAAUUUCCUUCCAAUCAGGUGAGCAGCCUUGGGAAUAGCUUCAUUUGCAAGUGCAGAAUAAUAUUUUGCCUGGUAUAUACUGUGUUUCUUCCAGAUGCGCCUCAACAGCAUCAAAUUAUUAAUGAUUAUAUUAUUUAUUGGGUAAAAGAAAAGAUAAAGGACCCCUUGAUGGUUAAGUCCAGUCAAAGGCAAUUAUGGCGUUGUGGCGCUCAUCUCGCUUCAGGCGGAGAGAGCUGGCGUUUGUCCACAGACAGCUUUCUGGGUCAUGUGGCCAGCAUGACUAAACUGUUUCUGGCUCAAUGGAACACCAUGACAGAAACGCCAUUUACCUUCCUGCCGCAGCAGUACCUAUUUAUCUACUUGCACUGGCAUGCUUUCAAACUGCUAGGUUGGUAGGAGCUGGGACAGAGCAACGGGAGCUCACUCUGUCGCAGGGAUUCGAACCACUGACCUUCUGAUUGGCAAGCCCAAGACACCCGCGCCCCUAUUUUAUUAUUUAUUGGGUUUUUGUACCACCCCCGCUCCCACUUUAUCUUUGCAAUAACCCUGUGAGGUUGGUUGGACUGCGGGAUAUAAGAGUGACAGGCUCAAGAGAACAAAGUUUUAAAUAGGUGUAAUUGAAAUAACCCCAUUCUUCCUCUGUCAAUCCCUGCCUUCCCACCCCUCUCCUCCCUCAUCUUUCCUUCUCUUUGUGCCAAACUAUGCACCGGAAACUUCCCAGGCUAGAGACCUGCUGUCUUAUAUGUCAUAAAGCUUCAUUGCUAAGUGGAGGUUAUGAACUUUUGUCUCCCUGGGCCUAUUCUAAUAUGCUGUCCUCUAUACCACACUGGUAUAGGUGGUGUGUGAAGAAUUCAGUUUUCUUAUAAUGUAAACUUUCAUUUAAAGAAGUAUCUAGCCCUUAUGGUUGAAAAUAUGCAUGACCAAAAAAAGGGAGAGGGCUACAGAAGAUGGCCUGAUCUGGAGUGCCAUUAGCCAGUAUGACCAGUCUGAGGCACUAGGGAGAGGAGACCUGUAGUUGUUCAGAUUUUGUUGGACUACAGCUCCAUUCAUCCCUGACUGUUGGCUGUGCAGGCUGCUGGGGCUGCUGGGAAUUGGAGUCCAAUAACAGCUGGAAGGCCCCCCUGUGGAUAAACCCCACAGAAAAUGAGAUCUUGCUGUUCUCCAGCUGAGUGUCUGGAUGGCCAGGUUCUCUCUACCUGGCUCCGCAAUGUGAAAUGGCCAGGCUCUGAGCGACAGACUAAUGUGUUUCUUGCCCACACCCUGUUGUCAUUGCUUCUCCAGCAGAUAUGGAUGCCAGUGACCCCAUUAUGGUCACUCUGGCCUCAAGCACAACCUCAGAGAUACUCCCGUCAGAGGAACUCAACGCAACAGAAGGGACUUGGUGUAAGUAUGAGGCCGAUUGCCAUGUCCAUGGAUCAGAGGCGCCAGAGGACGUUCGGUGGAGCCAGGGGCAGAGCUGAACACUUUGGCUGCACGGUUUCAAUGGCCGGUGGCUCCUCCUUUGCCUCCUCCUGACAGCUCCACUGGCAGGAGGCUGCAUCAACCCUCCUUCCCCUCUGCGGCAAGAGGAGGAGGAGGAGGAGCCAGCUGCUUGAGCUGCAUUGCACCACUCUGUGCUCUGCGCUUGUGGGAUAUUGGGGAGGGGGUGGCCUCUACCUCCAUAAGGGUGCUGAAAAGGGCUCGGACCCCAAGGAGUUGGUGUCCCUGCCAAGGAUUUAGGAACGUCAGCAACUAGGUUGGCAAAGGUCAUUUCCCCAGUUGAAAGCGUCUGGGACUUUUUCAAUUUAAAGGAAUAAAAGCUAUGUAGGCGAGAUUGUUGCUUGUUCUACAACUACUGCUUUCACUGGCUCUUACUUUACUUUUACUCAGCUGCCCUGAGCCCAGUCUUGGCUGGGGAGGGCGGGGUAUAAAUAAAAAUUUAUUAUUACUUUUCUGAUCACACUGCUCAGCAUUUUUGUUGCAAUAUUUUGCUUAACAUUCUAUUGAUUUUUUUUUAACCAUUUGCAUUCUGGCAUGUGCUUUUAUGAUAGCAUUUUGUGCGAUCCACUUAGAGAUUCGAGGUGUCCUUUUUUAUUCUGCGUUCAUGAUUAUCUGUGCAUUCUUUAUAUUGGAACACUUAUACAUUGUACUGAUUUCAUUACCAUUCCCUGGGGCAGACAUCCAGCUUCAUUUUCAAUCAGCACAUGUCCUGUAACUUCCUGCUGAAAUCCUGUAAUUCCCCCCACGUCUAUUGUGUUAUAGCUCAAGAGAGCCCCUCCAGACACCAAUAAUUUAAUAACAUUGGGGAAGCAUUUGGGAACAACUAAUAAAGAGGAAUGAUGUGUUGAUGGUCCAGUAUGGCUGCAGCAGACUUGAGGCAUCCUAAGCAUCAAAAUGCAAGUCACAUAAAUAAAUAACUAUUCAAAGUUUUUUGGGUUUUUUUUGAGUAAUAUUUAUUGAUAAUUUCAGGAUUACAAGAAAAAUAAAAAACAAAAAACAACAACACUACAAUACAAAAAAAAGAAAAGAAAAAUAAAUAAAUAAAGAGAAAAGCACAAAAUAUACGACAAUACAGCAAAAGAAAAUAAAGAAGGAAAAAAAAAAGGAGAAAAAAAACACAAAUCCCAAAUUGCAUAUCCAUAAUUUCCAUUUGCUUGUUUCAUUGACCUCCUCACACCUCCCUUUUUGUAUUCUAGUUUGAUAAUUAUUUCAGCAAAUUCUUUCCAUCUUUCUCAAUUUUUGUUAUAAAUUUAUCUUAACAAUUUAACCUAAUAAUUAACUCAACAAAUCCUUUCCAUCUUUCCCCAUAUUCUGUUAUUCAAAUUAUCUUAAUUUAUUUAACCUUAUCUUACCCCUAUGUACCUUAAGACUUAAAUCUUAGUUUUCAAAUAUACAUAGCUCCUGAUAACAUUUCUGCUAGAGUCGUAUAGUUUCAUUCCCACAUUUUCCUAAUAUUCAUUAAGCUGAUUCUAAAAUACAAAAUUUCCAUUAUAAAUUCUCUUUCAAUCAUCAUCCAGCGUCUCUUCUUCCUGGUCUCGGGUCGUGUCAGUCCUUACUGUCCAUUCCAUCUAGUCCAUCAACCUGGAAGCCUUAUGUCCGAGGCCCUUAAGUCUCUUCCAUGUCCCUUCUGCAAUUCUUCUUCAUCUUGUUUGUGCUUGCCCUUUUCCUUGUCUUUUGUUGGUCUCUGUCUUAGUUUCUUUCCUUUCUCAUUGAGGAGUAGUUCUCUGGGGGAUUCCAACCCAAAAUUAUCUCCAUCACCCUUCAUCCAGCUUGCCCAUUCCCCACAGUCCCACUCCCCACAGUCCUCGAUAUAAUCUAAAAUGUAUUUAAAAUCAAAUUUCAAGAUCUCUCCAAAGCUAGGAAUCUCCUCGUCUCCAGACUCCCCUUGGCCCACUCCAAUUUCAAUCUUCAAUAACAGCGGCUUAUGCUCCUGUAGGGCCUCGGGUCUCUCCAUUUGUACUAUUUGAGGUGCAGCCGCAUCCUCCUCCAUUGUCAUCUGCACUUGCCCAGUCAGUACAAAUUCAUAGGUUGGUUCCUGACUGAUUUCUGUAUCAAUGUUCCCUGUUUGUCCACAGUUAUCAACCACAACAGUCAAAUCCAUUUUCUCAUUCAUCAAGUCCAUCUUCUCAUGCAUAUGUUCCAGCAAAGCAUUUGUCUUGCAUAGAGCUAUUCAAAGUUAGCCCUAAUCCAGAGUAUACCAAUUGAAAAUAAUGGUCGUGGCUAAUUUAUUGCAUUAUACCCUCUUCCCCCUAAACAGCUCUUGGUUAAAAAAAAAAAAGCAAAGUCCUUCUAAAACUGAUUAAAAUAUUCUGGAAAAACUUGCAAACAAAAAUAACAGAAAGCAGUUACAGCUGAAAACAUUCUAAAAGCAAUUCGAAUUAAAACAUAAAAACCUAGAUCCCUUAAUUUCGUUGGGUCUGCUCUGAGUAAGACUAGCAUUCAGCCUAUUUAAUUAUUCUUAUAUCUACUGCUACUGCCUGCCCUUUCAAGGACCACUGUGGAAUCUGCCACAAGUACAAUUAUUUGAUUAGUGGACUGACUGACUGAUUGAUUGACCACCUCCUUGCCAUUGCAGGGACCACCUCGCCACCUGCUGCAACGAGUCCCUGGGUGGCUCCGAAGGCAGAGGACUCCAACACCUCCAGUCUGGUCAGCUGCCUUGUGGCCAUUAUCUUGCUGCUGCUUUUCGUCAUUGUUGCUAUCCUGUGGAGGCAGCACGUCCAGAUGCGGCUGGAGACGGUAUCUUGUGUCCUAUGGUAGAUUGUCUGGCUGCGGGAAAACUUCCUAGCACAGCCUUGUAAAUAAGCCCACAAAUGUUACCAGCCAGAAAACAAGCUUCCUCAACUAUCAGAAUGGGGGACAGAGGGCUCUGUUUCUCCUUCGCCAGCCAGCACACUCACCAGUGUAGAAUUUGUUCUCACCAGUGGUAACCAGGCUAGUGCUUAAAUCCAAGGCUGUCCUAGCAACCCAAGCUCAUCCUCCAGGAAGGAGAGGAGCCAACCCCAAAGAUUGACUGCAUAGGUAUUCAUAGGAACGUAGGAAGAUACCUUAUGCUGAGUCCAGACUAUUGGUCCAUCUAGCUCAAUAAUGCCUACACUCAGUGCUAUUUUUCUAGAAAAAGAAGUUUUGGAACUCAUCAUGAACACCUCCUUGUUCUCUUAUAACGUAAUGGUACCCACCUGAAAGGUGCCUGCCUAGACUAACUGUCAGCAGUUCUCCAGGAUUUCAGACAAGGACCCUAUCCCAGACCUACCUGGAGAUCCCAGGGAUUGAACCUGGGACCUUUUUCAUUCAAAUAGCUGUGACCCUUCAUGCUUGGGGAACUGAGGAAUCACAUGAGCAUCUCCCACACUGAGUGUUCUAGAACUUGGAUCGGGGUGGGGAACUGGAUCACCAUGUAGGGGCAGUUCAGGACAGAUGAAAGGAAUGACUUCUGUUUCCUUCUUUGGAGGCUUUUAAGCAGAGCUUGGAUGGCCAUCUGUCAUGUAUGGUCUAGUUGAGAAUCCUGCAUUGCAGAGGGUUGGGCUAGAUGACCCUUGGGGUCCCUUCCAAUUCUAUGAUUCUGUGCAGGAUUCACUGUCGUAGAGAUGCAGUGUGAGCAUCUGGAUGGCUUUCAAAGGGUGUUAGAUACAAUUAUGGAGGAGGCAAGGAGGUCUCUAGUUUUGAGCAUGAGGAAGUCAACCAGUGAACAUCAUCCACUAGUGAGCAACAAUGGGAAAGGGCUAUUGCAUUCAAGCUCUGCUUUUGUGGGUUUACCAGUGGUGUUUGAUUUGCCACAGUGGGAAACAGGACACCAGGAUGGGUCUUAGUCUGAUUCUUUAGGGCUCUUCUUAUGUUCUCUUCACAACCAAGAGAAUACCAGUCAGUCCUGAGCCAUCAAAGAGCAUUUUUGUGAUGAUAGCUGCUGUGAGCCCGGCCUUGGCUGGGGAGGGCGGGAUACGAAUAAAUUAUUAUUAUUAUUAUUAUUAUUAUUAUUAUUAUUAUUAUUAACCAGUUGACCAAAUAGACUAUUCAGAAAGGCAGACUUUUGGCUGAUAGGCUCACACACUCCUUAAGUACAAGGAUAAGGUAGCAAACAAAAGAGUACAAGGAUACAUGCCCCUUUGCUUCUGAAAUAUCAUCAGGUAUUGACUGUACACUUUCAAGGAUGAUCAUGCAGUCAUGAGGGUUCCUCUCCCAAAAAAGCUCAACAGCUCUGAUCAAUCCUCCCCUCCAAAAAACUCAACAACUUUGGUCAAUCCAAUGGGUAGAUCACUGCCAGUUUUUUAUAGUGGGAGUAGAUCGCAGUCUCCUGGGAGUUGGACAUGCCUGAUGUAGAGGGUUCACCAGCUUUCUCCUCUCUGCCCUUAGGCUCCCCGGCGGAUCCUGGAAGAAGAUGCCACCGUUCGGCUGUCCUUCUACAGCUCCAGAAUUGUCAAUGGCCAGACACAGAUCCACCAGACUAACCCCACCUAUGAGAGGGUCUUCCCACUGGACCUGGAAUAUCACCAGCCCAUCACUCUCCUUCAGAAACUGCCUGAGCUCUCCCAAAGUGCUGAGGACUCAGGUAGGACCACCUGCAGUGGCAGCAAUGCAUUUCAGAGCAGACAGAUUGGGCUGUGUGGACUCUGAACUAUGGCUGGCUCUAGCAAUAGGUAGGGUGAAGCAUAUACUUAUGUGCUCUGCCUCUGGCAGACAAAGAUACCUCCUCCUGUAUGGGGAGGGUUGUCUCUGCCCAUCUCUCCAUUGGCUGGAAGCAAAAUCUUUUAGAGACAACCCCAUCUCCAGUUUCAUUUCCUGACAUCUCCACGGCAGGUCGACUGCCGGGUGCUCUAAGCAAGACUAAAGAAAAGAGGCGGGAACGCCAUCUUGGAAAGGAUUUUGUUCUUUGUUCUUCCUUCCUUCAUUUGUUCCUAGCUCCUCUUUCUGCUCCCUUAUGCUACUCCUACUGAGUUUUCACUCUCUCCCAGCUUCAUAGAUCUCAAUUUUCCUUCCUCCUGGUUUCCAUUUUGUCAGCCUUUUUCGGGCCUACAGCCUUGGAUGUUCUGUGGUGGUGGUGGCAGGAGCCUUGGAAAAGGGCUUGAAGAAGGUGGAAAGGGCUUUUUUCAGGAGCAGAGCAUCCCUGCAUUUCUUGAUGCUUCAGGCAAUCCAGCAUUUGCUGGAGAUCAGCGGGGAUCUGGCCACUACCCUAUUCUCCUUAUGGUCUGAAAGAAAUCAGGCGUAUGGAGGGCCAACCUGGACCUCAAGAGCAGGGGUCAGCAAACUUUUUCAGCAGGGGGCCGGUCCACUGCCCGACAGACCUUGUGGGGGGCUGGAGCAUUUUUUUUUGGGGGGGGGGAAAUGAACGAAUUCCUAUGCCCCACAAAUAACCCAGAGAUGCAUUUUAAAUAAAAGCACACAUUCUACUCAUGUAAAAACACCAGGCAGGCCACACAAAUAACCCAGAGAUGCCUUUUUUGAUUAAAGGGCACAUGCUGGAUUUAGAAGGCGAUUGGGCAGGAUCUAGCCCCCGGGCCUUAGUUUGCCUCCCCAUGCUCAAGAGGGUAUCCGACCCAAAAUAAAUUCAGGGUGGAGACCUUGAAGACCAGUCCAAAGGGUCUCAAGCCUAGGGACCUCAUUGCUUCCCUGUACCGGACCGAGGCCUACCCUCGCAUACUAGUCCACCCAGCCAUCACAGAUUCUGUGUUUUGGAUCAGGGAUUGGCCCUAAAGCCCAGGAAAGUUCUUGAAGGCACUGAUAACUGUAGUGGCCCAUCUAAGGAAGAGGGCAAUUGAUUUCUUCCUGUACGUGGACAAUACAUUGUCCCAGUUAGACUUGCUCCUGCAGGCCGUGAGCGAUGUAGCAGAGACCAUAGACCAGGGUAUCCAGUUGCUUUUGGACUACAACUCCCAUCAUCCCUAGCUACCGGGAGCAAUGGUCAGAGAUGAUGGGGAUUGUAGUCAAAAAACAGCUGAAAUUUGGGAAACCUUGCCCUAAACUGUCUGCAGCAUCACUGUCCAAAGGCGGAGAGCUUUACUAGCUGAAAAGUGAGAUGGAAAUACCCGCAAAUGAAUUUAACAAAACAGACUACCAAACAUGAUGUGGUGGUGGGGGUUUUUUGGUCAAGGGAACUCUCCCCCCCUUUUUUUGUUCUUUUUUCCCCAAAUUUUUUUAUUGGUUUUCCAAGUUUAUAACAGAUAUAACACACAGAAAAGAAAAAAACAUUACAAUAUUGAAAAGAACAAACAAACAUGCAAAACACUUAACUUUUAGAAAUACAAUUUUAUUUCCAUUGUUAAGUGACUUCCUCAAAUCCCCCCAACUGAAUUUCAAUAAAUCUCAUUAUAGCAGUUUUCCAAUAUCCACUUUCUAAUAAAAUUAACUUGUUCAAAUUGCUGUCUUCCUUCCUUUUCAUAAUAUUCUCAAUCCAUAGUAUUACACAAUUCAACAUGCUUUAAUCCUAGGCCAAUUUAGUACUUGCAAGUAUUUCAACUUAUGUUAUAUUAUGAUAUCUAGCUAAAUAUUCCUUAAAUUUCUUCCAGUCUUCUUGAUGUUCCUCUUUCUGAUCGCGGAUUCUUCCAGUAAGGUCGGCCAGCUCCAAAAAGUCCAACGUCUUCAUCUGCCAACCCCCCUUUUUGUUGUUCUAGCAUGUAGCGGUGACUAUGCCGAGCCAGACAUCACCAAGUGCACCCCUCACCAGGGAUUCCAGAACAACGUCCCCCACUAUGCAGAGACAGACAUUGUUAGCCUGCAGGGCGUCACGGGAAACAACACAUACGCCGUGCCAGCCAUCACAGUGGACUCGUUGACCAAGAAGGACAUCACGGUGGCUGAGUUCCCAAGGCAGCAGCUGCGGCUCAAGGAAAAGCUGGGAGAAGGGCAGUUUGGGGAGGUGUGUGUUUAUUCCUUUUUCCAGAUAUACUUCAAACCAGGUAUGAGAAAAGCUGGCACCAUUUGGCUUGAGGGUUGCCAGUUGACAAGGCUGUGCAAGCUGCAUUUCCCCAAAGAGCAGAAAAAGAACCCUGAGGAUUAUAGCCUGCUCAGAGAUCAUUAUUCUUGCAAAUGCCAGCUCUUCUUGAAAGAAGGCAGCUUUCUAGUCAUCAAAAGGGUGAGAGAGAAAUCCUCGCAGCCAGACAGAAGGGUAGCUGAAUCUCACGCCCAAUGGUUGGGGUGAAGCUGUGAUCCCUGUCCCUAACUCCUUAUCACUAGCAGAAUAACCACCGGGGGGGUGGGGCAGGGAGCAAAUCUGCUCUAUUCACAUAAUUUAUUCAUGUCUCAGAGUCCAGAUUUUCUUGGUGCAGAAUUUGGGUUGCAUGUGUGCCGAAUUAGUGCAGAGUACAUGAAGGUUGUCAGAGAAUUCCCCUGGAAACAAUAACGGUGAAUAGAAUUUGCCACAUUGCACAUAUUCGUCUGAGGUCAGGAACAGAAAUCACUCAAGGGGACACAAGCAAUAUCCACAAUCAUCGUUGUUUUUUAAUCCACAAACACUACAGAAAUAAUUGCAUUACUUUCUGCAUUGUUUUUGAUGCCCCUCUUUCACUGAAAUGCAUUGAAAUUAAUUACGCUCAUUUUAACCUUUGCAAAUUGCAUGACAAGUAACAUAGGAUUUAGCAGAAGCUGAACCGUAGUGGAACAGAAACAGUGCUGACAGCGACAAACUCUGGAAAUCUCUGCCUCCUUAUAUCCGUAGAGCACACACAUUGGAGCAGUAGUGAUUAAGGAACAGGGUCUGGAAAAAUAGCCGACAGAACAACUGUGAACAACUACUGGACUCUUUUGCACCCUGGACCCUCCUAGCUAGAUUUAGCCUUUGCCAUUAUCUCCAAAUAAUCUAAGAAUUAUUCUUCAGGUAGAUUCCAAGAGAGUUAAUUAGCGACCUGCUCUAAUAUGCACCUAACAUGCUUGUGGGUAAAAUGGACGGUAUGGAUAGGGCAUUGAGAGGAGUCUACUUCUCUCCAUCUCUGCUUGACAAUUACGGUACUCUAAAAUUGGUUUUGUCCUUUCCCACGAAGGUCCACCUGUGUGAAGCUGAUGGUCUCCUGGAAUUCUUGGGUCGUGCUUCCUCAGAAGCCUCCAGCCAGGCAGUUCUGGUAGCUGUAAAGAUGCUGAGAGCCAAUGUCACCAAGACAGCCAGGUGAGCACAAGCUGUGGUGCCAAUUCCAGAGAGAGUCUGCUCUCAUGAGGGAUGGGGGUUUGGGAGAAAUCCAUUCACUUGUUAUUGCUGCUGCAAGUUCCAAAGAUCUCAGAAGCCUGCUCUGCAGUAACUCUGAGCAGUGGUUUUAGUGUGGCUGCCCCUAUUCUGUGGGAACGUAAUUCCUGUUGAGAAACAACAGGGACCCACCAACUGCACUUUCCAGAAACAAUUGAAUAUAUAUGUAUUUAAAAUUAUUCAAACAAAGAGAAAACCCUAAGCCUAAAAGCAAUAAUAAAAGCAAUCAUAAAAGCAGGAAGAAUAAAUUACAGGGUAAUAAAAUAAAAAUCAUGGAAAGCAUUAAAAAGAAUGAGUGGUGUAAAAGAGACCCCAUAGUUCAUAUUUGUACCAAACAUAUUAAAUAAUCAUGAAUGUUACCAAAUAAGCUCAUAUUUUAUUUGUUUGUUUAUUUAUUGGACUUAUAUGCGGCCCUUCAUAAGAUUUCAGGGUGGUCCACAGGAUAAGAAAGCAAGGUAAAAGCACAAAUAAAUAGUUAAAACGAAAACAACAAAAACAAUAACUCCCACAAACACAUUAAAAAGGCUGUAGAACAUUAAUCAGCCAAAGGUCUAAAGAGGAAUGUUUACCCCUGGUGCCUAAAGAUGUAUAAUGAAGGCACCAGAUGAACCUCCCUGGGGAGAGCAUUCCACAAAUAGGGAGCCACUGCCGAAAAGGCCCGUUCUUGGAUUGCCUCCCUCUGGACUGCUUUUGGAGGAUGCACAAGAAGAAGCACCUCAGAUGAUGAACACAGAGCCUGGGUUGGUUUAUAUGGGGAAAGGUGGUCCUUUCAGCUGAGCAACCUGCUCCCACCCACCACCCACCUCCGAAAAUAAGAUAUAUUUGUUCUGACAGACUUUCCCAGAUUGAAAAACUAGUCUUUGUCAUUAGUAUCUAUCUUUUGUUUCAUAAAAAUUUAUACACCUCUUGAAUGUAAAAAAGCUCAAAGCAAAGUGGUUUACGAAAAAUUCCAAAGCUGUUUACAUUUUGUGUGGUUUUAGUUUUGUUUCAAAUGUACUUACUUUUGUGUGUAUUUUUAGCUGUUGUUUGCAGUUUUUGUUAAACAUUGCCUUGAGACAAUUGUACAGGUGACAAUUAGUAUGUUGAGCAGUCUCUUGAUUGGCUAAAACACAUUGAUAAAUUGACUUAAGAUGUCUUUCAUCAGGUGACUGGCUUACUCUCUUUACGUGUCCUUUCCUUGUUCCAAGGAACGAUUUCCUGAAGGAGAUCAAGAUCAUGUCCCGGCUGAAGGACCCAAACAUCAUCCGCCUGCUGGGUGUGUGCGUGAGGGACGAUCCGCUGUGCAUGAUCACCGAGUACAUGGAGAACGGGGAUCUCCACCAGUUCCUGCUGCAACGCCAGAGCAGAAGCACCUUCACACUCUCCAACAACAUUCCCUGUGUUAGGUGAUGGAGCGGAAGGGGCAGUGGGCCGGGGGGAGAGAAGAGCGGGUAGCCCCCCCUUGUGCUGUUCCUGCUGGGCCAGACCAAUGGCCUGACUAGGCCACCAUGCUGCUGCCCACAGUGGCCAAAUUGGCCUUUGGGAAGCCCACAAGCAAGCUAUAAGGGAAAUAGCUACUGGUGUUUUGUGGCAUACUGAUUCCAGAUGUGGAGGCUGCAUAUAGCAAUCAUGGCCAAUAGAGUCAACCCUGCCAUUAGACAGAAUGAAGCCCACUGUAGCCAACAAAAUGCCUGUGGGGAGCCCAGCUACUGGUAUUUAGUGGCAAGUGCACAUCCUUCCCCACCACAUAGUGCUAACUGUGGAGGUGGAGGCUGGAUGUAGCCCUCGUGGCUACAGAUAGGAGAGAAAUUCAAUUCCGUUCACAUUUCAAGGUAAGCCUGCAAAAUGCUCACUCUAAAACAAUGCAGGAACUGAAACACAGCCAACUUUGGGGAGAUUUGAGUUCCUCCAGAUUUUGCAGUGCAACCCCCCAGCCAACUGAUGGGUACAAAAAUGCAUUUUACCCAAGUGUGCAGAUAAAUGCAUGUAUUACUUAAAAUAUCAUACAUGGAAUUUCAUAAUAAUAAUAAUAAUAAUAAUAAUAAUAAUAAUAAUAUAUUUCUUAUACCUUGCCUAGCCACUCUGGGCAGCUUUCAACAAAAAUACAGAGUGUAUGGGGCAAAAUUGCAUACCAAAAAUCAUGCAUAUAAAAUCAUGCAAAUAAUUUUCACAAGGAAUAUAUAUAUACAGUAUUCCACACCUAUAUUUGUAGGUGUGGAGAACUGAAUUUAUGAUGAGAAAAGAGAGAAACUGAAAUCGACAGAUUUGCCCUUCUUGACCUGCAGAUAUGGCAGAGGUUUGGUGGGAUUCUAAAAUAUCUUCCCUUGAUUAUCUCGCCUUUCUCUUCAUUUCUCAGUUGCCUCCACCUCCUGCUCAUGGCUACCCAAAUUGCCUCUGGCAUGAAGUACUUGGCCUCCCUGAACUUUGUGCACCGGGACUUGGCCACACGCAACUGCUUGGUUGGGAACAAUUACACCAUUAAGAUUGCCGAUUUCGGCAUGAGCAGGAACCUGUACAGUGGCGACUACUACCGGAUCCAGGGCCGGGCUGUGCUGCCAAUCCGCUGGAUGGCCUGGGAAAGCAUCCUGCUGGUAAGAGGCACAAUAUCUCUCUGCUGUUGUUGCAAAUGUAUUUAAGACAGGAUUGGGAGUGAAGCCAAGAUGGCGACGGCUUGGCAGGCAGGCUUCGGAGCUCCGCAGAUAACAGGACUGUAGUCGGGGUUGACUGCCACCCAGAGAAGUAGUUUUUCCUUUUUUACUUCUCUACUUUUUAACUUACUGAGAUUCUGGCAGCACCUUCUUGUCUAUGCUGUGGGAGACAUCCUGGGCAAGUUCUGUGAAGCAUCCUGGGCAGGCCGCCAGCUGCUAGCUAUUAACCGCCAACUCCCUUCUAUACCUUGUUCCUGAAACUCCUGGCAGCCUCCACACAGAGAAGCUCUUAAAUUGAACAAACUGAGCACUUUCUAUUCUUUUCUCUCUUUUUUGUUUUUGUUUUGUUUUUUGUUUACUCCCCACGGUGACGCUAUGCCUGCUAGUAAACGCCACAGGGACCCAGAGGAUGUAGCUCUCUCACCGGUUCCCAAACAAUCUAAAAUAGAGGACUUUUUUAACAAAUCUGCUUUUACAGUUCCAACAAAAAACCGGUUUUCUCCUCUUGAAGAUGAUUGUGAGUGUGGGGAGAGUAUUCAAGGUGAGAGCGUGGAACUGGAUCCAGCAAUGGGGCAAGCUGAUCCUGUGCUCCUCAGAGAGGAAGGAAUAACAAGUAGGGAGAGCACCCACUUAACUCUAAUUGCAAGAACGGUUGAGCAUAUCUUCCAGCAAAUUAGAGGUAUUGCCUCUCAAAUAACCCAGUUAUCCAAAGAGGUCCACAGUUUAUCAGUUCAUAACAAGCAGGCAUCAACAGAACACCAUCGUACCAAAGGAAAUUGGCGACAACAAGAGCAGACCCCUAAGCUCAACAUAGAACGUGCAGAGGCUCUUAAAACAAACUCUUAUUUAAUCUUCCAACCAAAAAAGAUCUGCAUGACAAUUUGUGGAAGGCCAAAUCAAACUCCUAGCUGGAAAGGUGCCCAGCGUUCCAAACGACAUUUAUCAGACUUACUUGGCAUGGGACUUACAGAGAUCGACCUCGUUAAGACUGAACUCUUGAGCACCACAAAUCAAAGCCAAAAAAUUAUGUUAACUUUUUCCUCUACUAGACUGCCCUCACUGAUUCACAAGCUGAAAUUCAGAUUGUCAAGCAGAGGAGUUUUUCCAACCCGGGUAUUUUGCAAUUCCAUUGUUGCACCCUUAUGUAAGAUGAGGACUGCUGCUUCAGAGGGGCUCACAAAACCAAAGCCUGGACCCCCAAUGGAAGUAAUAACAUCACAAAAAAACUUGGCAGGUGGGGAGGAAACAAACAUUCCUGAGUUGAAUCCGCAGGAUCAUGCCCAACAUCAAAAUAACCAGGUGAGCCAAAAGGAACAGCCGAUUCCUCUAGACAAUCAUCUUGAGGAAUCUGAGCACUCUGUAAAUCCUUUGGAAGAGGAUUUUCUCAGCUCCUUUAGGAAUCUCCCUCAGGAAGAGCAACAAACAGUUAUCAAGAGGCUUGAUCUUAUGAGCCAGACAUUGAAAGAGAUUCAAGAACCGGAGGCAGAGAUUGAUAAUAGAUCCAAUGGCCACAACAGAAUGAUAACUAUAGAACUACCGGAGUAUUGGACAAAGAUGAGAUAUUUAGAAGAGGAGGAGUCAGGAAAUACACCCAAGAAAUCCCCAUUGGCAAACAAUUUGCAAAGAAAAGGCCCAGUGAUUACAAAUGUGAGCACUUUAUGUACGACGACUGAAAUAAUCGAACAUCUGGAUUAUUCCACUAGCAUUAGCAAUAACCUGUUGCCUCAAAAACUGGUAAACUCCGAGAGCACAUCGGCCAACAAUUGACUAAGAGUAAAUCAUUGUAAAACAGUUAAACUCCUCUCAUGGAAUGUAACAGGGUGGACGAACAAGAUCCAAGACAGUGAUUUCUGUUCUUAUCUACAAACACAUGAUAUCAUCUUUCUUCAAGAAACCUGGGCAAAAGAGGGCACUAUGGUUGAAUUACAGGGUUUUACAAGUUACACUCAACCAGCUCUUAAAACUGUAAAGUAUGGAAGGCCUAGUGGGGGGCUGGCGGUGCUGGUGUCAACCUCUCUUAAUGUAUCAAUUCAACAGUGUCCCUCGUUGUCCACCCGUAAUUUUUUAGUGUUGUCCCUUUCUGAUAGUCUCCUGAAAAAUACUUAUUGCAUAUGUGUGUAUAUACCUCCAGUAAAGUCUUGUGGGGAACUGAGAUCAUAUUGGGAUAAACUUGAUCAACUACUCGAAAGUAUAGACUCUCUGUCACCUAACCCUCGGUUUAUCUUGGGAGGUGACUUCAAUGCCCGGAUCGGCCUUGUUUCCCCACAAAAUACAAUAAUAUCUGGUCUAAACUUGGAGGACGAACCUGAAAUCUGUCAGAGGGCAGCAAUGGACACCACCCCUAAUCGCGCUGGGAAACAUCUUUGUGAACUUAUAAUAAAGCAUAACCUUUUGUUAUGCAAUGGGCAUGGUCAAGGGGAUCAAGAGGGUUAUUUUACUUUUAUCUCCCCCAGAGGAUUUACUAGCACCAUAGAUUAUAUCCUAACAUCUAAUAAUGUGCCAGUUAACCGAGAUACCUUCAGGAUAAUUCCCAGAGCUGAAAGUGACCACUUUCCACUUGAGUUAUCUCUCUCUCUCUUAAGACAGGAUUGGGGAGGAGCUUCAGGCAUAGGGGGUGAACAUGGCCCUCCAAGCCUCUCUGUCUGGCCCUUGGAAUUCUCCCCUGCCCACACCCUUUAUCAGCCCUGCUUUGAAGGUUUUCGCCUCAUGUCUGCUGCCCUAUGAACUUAACUUCGUUAUAUACGACUGCAACUGUUUUGCUCCCUCAGAGGAUCCUGGGAUUUGUAGUGUAGUUGAGAAUUAUCUAUUGGAGAUCACUAGCGGGGGGCCCCACCCGAACAACAAUUCCCUGGCAGUCCUAGGGAGAGGUAAUGGCUGCUAAACUGCAUCUAAAUCUCUUGAUUAGAUGCAUCAAAUCUGCAGCAGGGAGGUCUUGAGGAAAGCUAGUGACUGAUGGGGGAUCUGCACACUAAUGCUAUUUAUGGUGUGACUUUGUUGCCUAGGUUCAGGGUUUGUGGCAAUGACAACUCCCAACCAAGGGCCAAAAGUAGCUCAGUCUUGAUAUAGGCUGUGCACACACCAUAGAUGUAAAGCACAUUUUCCCUCCAGAAGAAUCCUAGGAACUAUAUUUUGUUAAGGGUGCUGAGAACUGUAGCUCUGUGAGGGGUAAACUACAGUUCCCAGGAUUCUUAGUGGUGGGGAGGGAUGUGCACAUUGCCAUGGUCUUCUGACACUGUGGCCUUCUUCUCUUUCCUCAUAGGGCAAGUUCACCACGGCCAGCGACGUCUGGGCUUUUGGUGUGACAUUAUGGGAGAUGUUCACACUGUGCAAGGAGCAGCCUUACAGCUGGCUCUCUGAUGAGCAGGUCAUUGAGAACACGGGGGAGUUCUUCCGAGACCAAGGCCGACAGGUACCCAAAACAGAUGUUCUGCAUGGUGGGAACCUGCGCAUCCUUUUGAUGCUGGUGCUUUACAUGCUGGGCUGAAGAGGGUGGGAAGCUGGUUUCUUCUCCUCUUGUAUGUGCUGCUGGUGGUGUGUGAGCCUUGCUUGGUACUUUCUUCUCUCACUUCCUCAGUUUUUAAUCACAUCCAAGAGCUAUUCCCUGGAGGAAUGGCUCUGAGAUCAGAGGGGGGAAAUCAGUGUCUCCUCUUCUCCUGUGUGCCACCUCUUUCUCUUCUUUUAUUGGCUUCUGAUCCACUCUGGAGGAUGGGCUCCAAAGCCAGAGGUUGGGUUGCUUAAGAGGCGAGGAAAUCAUUAUUUCCUCUUCCUGUGUGUGAUGCUGUGAGUGGUUCUGGCUACUAUUACCUCUUCCUGUUACUUCAGAAUCACAGCCAGCUGCUGCUCACUGGACAAAGAGCUCCAAGCCAAAGCCUAUGAGUUCUACAUUUAUUUAUGUAGGAUGGAGAUAUAUAUACAAAUUUAAACCAGUAAAACAUUAACAGUCCAUUAAAGAGUAACUAGAUGGGUAGCAUCUUCAGCUCAGCCCAGAAAUCUGUGGUUCCAAAAUCCCUCGCCACCCUCACUCUUCUUUUCCUGCUCACACAGGUCUAUCUGACUCAGCCGCCCCUGUGCCCCAAUCCUCUGUUCUCCUUGAUGAUGAAAUGCUGGAGCCGUGACAUCAAAGAUCGCCCAGCAUUUGAGGCCAUCCACCUGUUUCUGGUGGAGCAAAUGGACGGUAGCAUUUGACCCGAGGGACACAGUCGAGAUACCCACCUGCCUCUUCUUGGCCUAAAACAUCCUAGCAUUUUGGUUGUGCUCCCUUGCCACAUUGUUUGAAACCUGGUGGAUUUCAACAGACAACUGAGGCGACAGCUGGGGUGGUUAUCUCUUGGGAUUCCUUUGGAACUGGGUGUGACGUGCCCUUUCUGCUGCGUAUUGUACCACAGAGUUUGCAUGGGCGUUUGCCAUGACCAAAGAAAUACAGUCGCACUUGAGGGGGCUUCACUGCCUUAGUAAAAAUCCACUUCCUGGGACCUCUGCUCCAAGGAGGCAGCCAUGGCAGCUGCUGCCUCCCUCAGCCAUGGCCAAGAGACUCUCUGGGCUGAGGAAACAUCUUCUCAUGGGCCUUCCUUCCUGGAGAGGGUAUUUGUAUCAGCCCAUUCUCCUCUUCUCACAAAAGUGGCAAAAAACACUCUCUUUGAAGACUAUAAGAAGAGUCCUGUUGGUUGGCCAGGCCAGUGGCCCAUUAAUCCAGUAUCCUCACAACGGCCAACCAGAUGCCCCAGUGGGAAGCGUGGUGGAAGCGGGACCUGAGCACAACAGCGCUUUCUGCACUCGUGAUUCCCAGCAACUGCUAUAUUCAAAACACAGUUGGGGUUUAUUCCACCUGUCAGGAAAGCUCAGUUCUUCAGGGGUGUGUUCACUCUUCCUGGAAGUCAUGUUGGUGUGUUGUUCUCCCUGAAGGAAUCCUACAAGGAACAGGAGGGCAGCCAUUUGUGACCAGAACAAUAGCAAAGAGUUGCACAGCUUCAUUUUCAGGGGUUUGAGGGAGGUUGUUGUGACUGCAUGUUCGCAGGGAGGGUGUACGUGUGUGAAUUCUUACACACUGGAUUUUUAAAAUUGUUUUUAAAAGGGGCGAAAGAAUGUUAAUGGUCAAAGGAAGGUCACUGAGGGCUCUCUGGUAAAUAGAGGUCUUUUUUGUGGUGGAGGAUCUUUUAGGGGGAAAUAGUGGACACUGUUACUACUGUCAUGAUGAUGCUGAUGCCUUGUGUGCUAAUGAACUUGUUGCCAAAAUGGACUGACAUAGAUAUCUGGUUGCAUCCACACCAUACAACUGAAGCACAUUUAAAUCACUUGACUUCCUUUGAAUGAAUCCUGGGAAUUGUAGUUUAGCCCUUACAGGGCUGCCAUUCCUUGACCAACUGCAGUUCCCAGGAUUAUUUGGGGGGAAGUCAUGUGCUUUAAAUGUGUUUUAAAUGUAUGCUGUAAAUAAACCUCCCUCUGUCUCCAGAUACCACUUUAUUAAGGCACCAAAAGGGAAUUAAAAGUGAAACCUGGGGCUUAAUCAUGGGGGCAGGGGAGACAACUAAUCUCCAACGGAAGGGGGUUGUGUAACCUCUCACUUUUUGGGGUGGGUGAGAGUGUUAGGGGCACCAAAUGGUUUGCAAUCCAAAAAGAAAGGGGUGGGUGGGGGUUGAAGAAGCAACUUUCGAAAAGCCCUCACCCCCUAGGAAAAGAUUAUUAUUAUGAACUGCAGCAGUAUAUUCAGGGAGCCAGAAAUUUGGGGAUAACUGGAAUUCAGAUAACCUGAGCAUCAGAUAUAUAAUUGACUGUAGCAUUGUUAAGUAGCAAAGAGGUUUUUGGAAAUGACUGCAGUCUGGGUUGUUGAUGGCAUAUUAUAAGCACAGGCAACCUCCCAUUUAUGCGAGGGUUACGUUCCGAGGCACUGUGUGCAUCCGUGAAAUCGCUUAUAAUUGAAACACCACUGAAAAAGCCUGCAAAUGCCCCAUUCCGCCCCUUUUUGUGACUUCUUAGGCUACUUCCGGGUUUGGGCCGAUGCACAUAUGUGCGGUCAUGCACAUAUUGAAUGCAAGUAAAUGGGUUUGCCCAUUGUGAUCCUUUCUGGAACUCACACAAUAGCCAACCAGAUUUGACUAUGGGAACCUGUCCUUCCUAAGCAGCAGUGGCUUAUCUUCAUUGCUCUUGGUGGCCCCUCCUGCCCUAUAACACCACCCUCCAGCUCCACCCUGUCCUAAAUCUUAGAACAACAAAGAGUCUUUAUAUGGCAUAAGCUUUUGUGGACUAGAGCUCGCGUCAUCCAGUGCUUGAAAUAUUGGACAAAAGGAUCUUUAGCACAUUAUAUGUGCUUGCCAAUGCCAGGAUUUCUGUGUUGUCAAGAACUGUUUAGUGAAUUGCUACUGUUAAGAACAUGAUUAUCACUGUCUGUACUUUUUCAUUUCCCUCCGACCUCACUUUUUACAACCCCCACACCUCUCAAACUGUGUGGGAAAUAUGCUUAAAACUCAGGAUGACACCUUCAUGCAACUGAUGAACUUGUGGUCUGUAGUCUACAAAGGCUUAUGCUUAUGUUAGUCUUUAAAGUGCCACAAGAUUCUUUGCUGUUUUUGCAUCUGCUCCUCUGGACAUGGCUCUCAGAGCCUCUGAAGCAAUUUCAGUGCUUCUCAGGCUUGGCUUUUUAUCUUGGUGUGUUAAACUGGAGACCAAAUAUUUUUGUCUCAUCAUUCUGAAUGUGAAAUUUCAGCCAAUUUUUUCUCAUUUCACUCCUAUGUGUGAUGUUGUUCCUCCCCAUCUUUUAGCUCCCCCUACUGCUAAAACUCGGGCUUUCAGCCGUUCUCAAGCGUCUCACCUCCCUAGAUUCCUCCCCAGCACUACACAGCUGCUUUUCUCCCUAACUCUGGUGUGAAGUUCCCCUCUGCACCAGAAAACCUCCAAACCACUUUCCUAGCAGCAAGUGUAUUGAUUUUCAACAUUCCAUGACUGAGCCUUCCCCUCUGAAGUUAGAAAUGUUAGCAAACAUUCCAUGGCAUGCUAUGGGUGCCCGUGCCAUCACCCGCUUGAUGUUAAGUGAGAUGUUCACAUGGAAAAUUCACUAGUUGUGCCACUCCCCUUCCCAAUGUGGUAUUAUUAUUGUCCUCUGUGCUUCCCGCUCCCUACAGCGGUUGUCACAACAGCCAUAUGAAGUAGCCAUAUGAAUUUCCAUUUUAUAGGGAGGAUUUUUAAUGGCUUUCCUACAGUCAGAAUGACAACCAUCUGGUUUCUAGUCAUUGGAUCCCGCUGGACUUGUUUUACCAUGUAAAAUACUAGUUUGGGUCAGAAGUCCUGUUUUUUUACCCCAGCUGUCAUGGAAAUGACAAAACUAACAGCUAUAAAGGAACUACCUUAUACUAGGCCUGACCACAGGGCUCUCUCUAGCCUGGGGACAGGGGAGGGAUGCCCUCCAGAAGCUGCUGGACUAUAACACCCAUCAUCCCUCAUUUUUAGCUAUGCCGGCUGAUGCAAGUUCAAGUCCAAUAACAUAUGGAUGACAAUAGGUUCCCCAUCCCUGCUCUAGCCUAGUAUGCCUACAGUGGCUGUGCAGUGGUGUUAAGGAAAUCUUUCCCAGCACUGAGAACUGGAGAUGUGACGGAUUGAACAUGAAGCCUUAGAGACUCCAACCAGGUGCUCUUCCACCAAAAAUGUAUGGCAAAGGAGCUUUGGCACUGGAGAGAACUUUGCCAUACAUUUUGGGGGUAUCACCACUGGCUAUCUUAAAUCCCUGGCCAUGUGAGAAACAGGUAGGGUCCCCUUUCUCCUCUGCCUUGAACAGCGGCUUGUUCUGCUGUGACAUGCAUAGGAGAUGGUAAGGGAAGCCUAACUGGCUGAUUUCUCCAGGGAUGGGGAACGUCUGGUCCUCCAGGUGUUGCUGGACUACAACAUCCAUUGUUCCUGACCACUGGUUGUGCUGUCUAAGGGCUGAUGGGUGUUGCAGUGCAACAUCUGGAAGGUCAUCUGUUCUACAACUGUAGGCUGUAGGAAGAGGCCAGGAUGUUCUUGCUUUUGAUCCUAUGGUCCUCUGGCCAUUUUAGGAGUCAGUUGCUAGGUUAAAUGUUGCAAAUGACCCAGCAAAUGACCAAGGCAGGGUGCAGCCAGGCCUUUCUAGUGCACAACCCAGCGACAGAAGAUAGGAAUGAAGGAUUUUGUUGAGAGAGCACCUUUUGCCUCAUCUUUUGAGGGCAGCCUGAAUUGGGACACCUUCUUCCCGUGUUACUUGAAGUUCGAAACUGUGGAUAUAUCAGCCAUUUUGUCCCAGAGCACAUAUAGUUCCCUCAAACAAGGCCUCUCUCUCUCUCCCCACUGCUGCCUUAUUUUUUGCUAACCAAGCUCAGAUUUAUGUUGUUUGUUUCGGCUGUUGUAUGACUGUGUACAUAUUGUAUUUAGAAAUGGCAUUCAGAUGUGUACAUAAUAUAAUAUAUAUGAAUUUAACCAGCAUCUCCUUUGCAAUCACACACCUUUGCCAUGGAGGCUUGUUUUUGUCUUGUUUGUUUCAUUUUGUUUUUUUACAUUGACAAAUGACCAAUAAAUUCUGUUGGUUUCUUUUCUC